AUGCCUAUAAACUGUGAGAGUCUGGUGUCAAAGAGACUCGGCUUUUCUGACUGCUCCUGCUACUACUCCUCAUCGCCAUCGGACUCCGAGCAGGAGCAGCGGACCCCCUCGUCCCUCAUGUCCAAGCGCAGCCUGCGGCUUGAUGGUGGCCUGCUAGACCGCCGCCCUCCGCCUAGUGGCAGCGCUUCCCUCGUAGUGGGAGGAGCAAGCUGGAGGAGCGACGGGUCCAGUCGCUCCCAGCGGCACUCGGCCUCCUGCUCAGAGUCGCUCCUCGUCGGCUCUACUCAGAAAGCCGCCAGCCAGUUCCUCCACAACAGCAGCGUCAACAGCGUGGCGUCGGACGCCUCCCUGAUCUCCUCCCUGCUGGACGAGUCCUCCAUCCAGGAGAGCACGCUGGUCGAAACCUUCUGGGGUUUGGACCAGGAUGCAGAUCCUAGAGAAAGCACUGUCAUAGCCAGUGAGAGCAGCACUCUGAUUGGUUCAGACAGUGUUUGUGCCAAACACUCUGACCCGGCGCUCAGCAGGGUUUGCUGUAAAGACUGCGACGGUCCGAGUGCGCCAAAGACCAACAAGGAAACCAAGUCGGAAACCUCCACCAUCUACUACAGAGGCCGCAAGAGCAGGGAAGGUGACGACUGUAAGGAGAAGCAGCGCUCCCAGCUGGACAUCUCCUCCUCUUCGUCGUCGUCCUCCUCUUGGUCUACCAAUCUGUUGGAGCUCAUGUGCAGCGCUGCAGUUUUCACAGCUGCAGCUCUGUGGCUUCUUACCCAGCUGGUUUUCUCUGCUUCUCUGAGAGGCGGACACUCUGCAGGCUGCAUGUUCAGAUGGAUCAACAGACGAUGGAGUCACAUGAGCUCUUCCUCCCGCUUAAGCAAACUCUUYRUCGUACUCCUSCUCCUCCUCCUCUUCAGUUUGUCGUGGUACCGUCCAGCUGGUAUCUACUCGCUCCUUUUGGGGAUCAACAUUGCGGAUAUUCCAGGUCUGUCCUCAGUCCACAGCUUCUUGCCACUUCAGAGCCAGUCAGCAGAGGGCGCUGCAGAGGAGUUGGUCCAGAGUCACACAGCUGAAAUGUUGCCACAGGUAUCUGCUCAGGAAAGAAAAACAAUCCUAAUGUUCAACUUAGGAAUGCAAACAAGUAAUAUAUUUACUAUUAAUUAUCAGAUGCGACAGCAGGAUCUGUUGCUGUUGAAGACCCAGGCGUCCCGUCUGGAUCAGCUGCAGCUUCAGCUGGACCAGGUCACAGCCAGGAGUUGGGAGCUGCAGGGAAGAAAUGAAGCUGACACAGCGCCCCCUGCUGCUCUCCCAGACGCAUCCAGCUCCGGCGUGGACAAACCGUCCACGUCUUCUUUGCAGGCAGACGUUUCGCGGUUGGAGGCGGCUCUGGUGGACGUGAAGCGGGACGUGGACGGCCUGUCCGGGUGUCAGGACGGCUGCCAGAAGCUGRACACAAUCCAGCAGACGAUUUCAGAGCAGGUAUCGGGUCUGAUCCGGGAGGAGGUUCGAGCUCUGGUCUACGGGAACCAGCUGACCCAGGGCGGGGCUCUGAAGGUGUUUUCUCAGGAUCGAACCGGCCUGGCCGACUACGCUCUGGAGUCUGGAGGGGGCAGCAUCCUCAGCACUCGCUGCUCGGAGACCUAUGAGACGAAGGCCGCCCUCCUGAGCUUAUUCGGAUUUCCUCUCUGGUAUUUCUCCCAGUCUCCUCGAACCGUGAUCCAGCCUGACGUCCAUCCCGGGAACUGCUGGGCCUUCAGGGGAUCCAAAGGCUUCCUCGUGAUCCAACUGUCCAUGAAAAUCCUUCCCACAGCCGUCACCAUGGAGCACGUCUCCAAAUCCCUGGCCCCCAGCGGGACGCUGCGCAGCGCUCCACGAGACUUCAGCGUCUAUGGUCUGAAAGACGAGCACCAGGACAGGGGGAAACUGCUGGGAAAUUACACGUACGACGAAGACGGAGAGGAUCUGCAGAUGUUCACCAUCUCAGAGAAGAACGACGAAGCCUUCCAGAUCAUCGAGGUGCAGGUKCUGUCUAACUGGGGCCACCCGGAGUACACGUGCAUGUACCGCUUCAGAGUGCACGGGUUGCCGAGCGACGUCUGAGUCGACGAGGCGCAGAAGCUCUGCUCGCUUUUUAACCGUCUGCGCAGCGGCUGGCUCUUACGUUUCCCGUGGAAACGCUCUCCGACCGGCGAUCCAAUCAAUCUGUUCAUAGUUUCUCUAUCUCCAGGUUGUGCUUCCAGGUCAUUGCUGCUGGUUUUCAACGUGUUUUAUGCAUUUAUCAGGUGUGAUGUCAUUCAGCUGUUGUGUCGGAGUAAAACCUUCUCUCUGCGUCACGGAGCGGAUAAACGGGCCAACGGAUCGGUCUGACGAGGAGGGAAGGCUUUUAGUUUAGAGCAGAAACUGAGACGACGGCCCUCUUCAGCAGAUGACGCAGUAUAAAAAAAGCUUUUUACGUUUGAAAACUGUAAAAAUGUGAAACCUGAACACUUGAAGGGAAAGAAAAAGUAAAAACUAUUUCCAACAGCACCUGUCUGUCUCCAGUUUGUAAGUUUAUUUCUCAUUUGCACUGGAACUUUUUUUAUGUAUACAUUUGAUGUAUGUAAAUAUUUUUGUACAAGACUUUAAAUUGAAUUGCUAAAUAAU